UGUGAAUCUUUUGUAAAUGAUGCUGAAAUGCUAGAUAUUAAUACAAAGAAAGGCUCUGUCGAUAAAAAUACAUGCUUGAAGAGACUGCUACACAAAGAGAAAACUGUGAAUCUCUUAAAAAUGAUGAUGCUCAAGUACUAUUAAAUAAUGAUACAAGAAUAGCAUCUAUCGAUAAAAAUAUAUACAACGAUGAGACUGCCUCGCAAGAAAAAGGCUGUGAAUCUUUUGUAAAUGAUGCUGAAAUGCUAGAUAUUAAUACAAAGAAAGACUCUGUCGAUAAAAAUACAUGCUUCAAAGAGACUGCUACACAAAGAGAAAACUGUGACUCUCUUAAAAAUGAUGAUGCUCAAAUAUCAUUAGCUGAUGAUACAAGAAUAGCAUUUAUCGAUGAAAAUAUAUACAACGGUAUGACUGCCUCGCAAGAAAAAGGCUGUGAAUCUUUUGUAAAUGAUGCUGAAAUGCUAGAUAUUAAUACAAAGAAAGGCUCUGUCGAUAAAAAUACAUGCUUUGAAGAGACUGCUACACAAAGAGAAAACUGUGAAUCUCUUAAAAAUGAUGAUGCUCAAAUAUCAUUAGCUGAUGAUACAAGAAUAGCAUUUAUCGAUGAAAAUAUAUACAACGGUAUGACUGCCUCGCAAGAAAAAGGCUGUGAAUCUUUUGUAAAUGAUGCUGAAAUGCUAGAUAUUAAUACAAAGAAAGGCUCUGUCGAUAAAAAUACAUGCUUUGAAGAGACUGCUACACAAAGAGAAAACUGUGAAUCUCUUAAAAAUGAUGAUGCUCAAAUAUCAUUAGCUGAUGAUACAAGAAUAGCAUUUAUCGAUGAAAAUAUAUACAACGGUAUGACUGCCUCGCAAGAAAAAGGCUGUGAAUCUUUUGUAAAUGAUGCUGAAAUGCUAGAUAUUAAUACAAAGAAAGGCUCUGUCGAUAAAAAUACAUGCUUGAAGAGACUGCUACACAAAGAGAAAACUGUGAAUCUCUUAAAAAUGAUGAUGCUCAAAUAUCAUUAGCUGAUGAUACAAGAAUAGCAU